AUGGACACUGUUAUGGAAGCCAACAUGGGCGUCGCUGGCCACAGGCCCCGCACAGAGCUCGAUGACGAGGACUACUACCCCCAGGGUGGCUGGGACACAGUCUUCCUGGUGGCCCUGUUGCUCCUGGGGCUGCCAGCCAACGGGCUAAUGGCGUGGCUGGCCGGCUCCCAGGCCCGGCACGGAGCGGGCACACGGCUGGCCCUGCUUCUGCUCAGUCUGGCCCUCUCUGACUUUUUGUUCCUGGCGGCUGCAGUCUUCCAGAUCCUGGAGAUCCAGCAUGGAGGGCACUGGCCACUGGGGACAGCCGCCUGCCGCUUCUACUACUUCCUGUGGGGUGUGUCCUACUCCUCCGGCCUCUUCCUGCUGGCCGCCCUCAGCCUGGACCGCUGCCUGCUGGCGCUGUGCCCACGCUGGUACCCUGGGCACCGCCCGGCCCGCCUGCCCCUCUGGGUCUGCGCCGGGGUCUGGGUGCUGGCCACGCUCUUUAGCGUGCCCUGGCUCGUGUUCCCCGAGGCCGCCGUCUGGUGGUACGACCUGGUCAUCUGCCUGGACUUCUGGGACAGUGAGGAGCUGCCGCUGCGGAUGCUUGAAAUCCUGGGGGGCUUCCUGCCUUUCCUCCUGCUCCUCGUCUGCCACGUGCUCACCCAGGCCUCGGCCUGCCGGACCUGCCGCCACCGCCAGCCUUGGCCCGCAGCCCGCCAGGGCUUUGCCAGUGUGGCCAAGACCAUUCUGUCGGCCUACGUGGUCCUGCGGCUGCCCUACCAGCUGGCGCAGCUGCUCUACCUGGCCUUCCUGUGGGACGUCUACCCCGGCUACCUGCUCUGGGAGGCCCUGGUCUACUCUGACUACCUGAUCCUGCUCAACAGCUGCCUCAGUCCCUUCCUCUGCCUCACGGCCAGCGCCGACCUCCGGGCCCUGCUGCGCACGGUGCUCGCCUCCUUUGCCGCCGCCCUCUGUGAGCAGCAGCCGGGCAGCUUCAGGCCGGCCGAGCCGCAGACCCAAGUGGACUCUGAGGCUCCGACUCCGCCAGGGCCAACAGCUGUGGCCCCGCCUCAGCCAAACCCCACGGCCCAGCCACGGUCGGAUGCUGAGGCCCAGGCCCCUGGGCCCACUGCCAACUCAGCCCCCAGUCCCUGUGACGAAGCCGCCCCUGCCCCAUCCUCAGACCCCACCCCAGGGGCCCCUGAGAACCCAGCCACACCUCCUGCCUCUGAGGGAGGAAGCCCCAGCACUGCCCCGCCAGAGGCGGCCCCCAGCGAGGGUGCCACGUGACGGUCCGGGAAAGCCCAGGCCACCAGGGCAGUGGAAGAGCCAGGUUGAGACAGGA